AUUUUGGUUUCGUAGAAGUAGAAGUUUACAGCCGCCAUCACUCAACAUUUGGUGGAGUCUCCUCUUUUGUUUACAUCGGGUUUAUAGCGCCUUAAUUGCAACUCGUAGGCAUACAACAAUUUCAAUCAACACAGAAAGAUCUUGGAGUAUAAAUAAUAAAGCAGAAGAUAAGAAAUUUCAAGGAGCAGCAGUGGAAAAAGAUAUUCUCAAGUGUUAAUUGGGGGCUCUCUAAGAAAACUUGUUCGUGUCGUUUUUGACUUUCCGCCGUGACAGUCCGUUCGAGCUCAGUAUUUUCGUGAAGUGAGUGAACGAGAGGUUGCCUCGCCGUCCCGCGACCUGUUUGGAGGAAACCUAUCGCAAAUCUUUUACAAGACAAGAUGAGUAAAGCGAACAAUGCACCUCCACAGUAUACAUUCGUGCCACCUCCGAUGGCUCCACCAAGCUAUUCGGAAGCAGUGGGGGGCGUUAAACCAACAAGUCCAUUCACACCGCAAUCACAAACUGCUACAUCGACGCACAUUGUAACGACGGUUGUACCGAUCGGACGUCAUUCAACGCACAUGAUUUGCCCGUCUUGCAACGCUGAAAUUGAAACAUCUACACGAACCGAGCCUGGCCUAAUUGCCUAUAUGUCAGGAUUUGUAAUAGCUUUACUUGGAUGCUGGCUAGGCUGUUGCUUAAUUCCAUGUUGUAUUGACGAAUGUAUGGAUGUACAUCACACUUGCCCCAAUUGCAAAGCGUAUCUGGGCAGAUAUAGGCGAUAGGCGCAUGAUUAUAACGUUACGACCGAAAUAUUACGUAUUUAUUAUUUCAAUUUCUUUUGUCCGUGUCAUUGAUUGGAAUUCGUAAUAGACUUAGACCGCAUGCUUUUCGAAUAAUGUGAAAGAAUCUCAUAUACUUAAAAAAGAAAAUGCUCAUAAUGAUUUAUUGGCUGCUAACGUGUGCAAUGUAAGUCUUUUUUACGAAAAGGGCAGCAAAUUACUUUCCUGUUUGUUGCAUGUUUAAAGAAAUUUCCGAGAUUUUUGCUCAUACUCAAUCAAAAAGGUAAUUUGUCAGCUUAUGCCAUACGUGAAUCUCAAAUAUUGUUUAUUUCUUAUUUUUUUUGAAAAUUCUGUAAACCAAUCAAACGGGGUCCAAUUAUCAUCUUAUACAUCAUCUCCUAAGAAAGGAAUAGACGCAUUUACGUCAUUGGUGAUAGCUAUGCAUAUCGGCAGCUUAUCACUAUUAUUGAUUCAAAACAUAUCCUACAAAAACACCGGUUGUUUUCAUAGCUAGGCAGCUUGGACUAGUCCAGCAAAUUUAGUUUUAUUCAUACUUAUCAUUAAGUUUUAUCCUUAUCGAGAAUCAUUGCAAACCCCGGGUUCUCCCUGAAUUGACACUUACCCGCUGACCCCCUAUUCCAGCUUUUCUAAAGCCGUUUAUUAAUAAUGUACAACGAGUUCAAUAGCACUUUACUUACACAAGAAGAACAAUUGGUAAAUAAAUUUCCGUCGGGUAGAAGUAAAUGUGCCUUCAAGUGACAUUUUUAAAAUGAAUUUUCACUUUUUGAAUGUGGAAUAACAUGAGAAACUUUCCAUGUGCAAGGUUUUAACAAGAUUAAACAAUUCUUUUCAUAUUAAUGUAUUUGAUAUAUCGUAUGAAUAAUAAAAACUACUUGAAAUUAA